GAAUACAUGACAACCAAACCAGGGUCACCUUUCUGGUUCUUACCCAUUUAGACUCUUUCUAUGAAAACAAGCUGUAUUUCUCAGAGUGGAUGUGGUGCUAGUCGUUCUUCGGUAGCUUCUGUUUCCACUUGGCCCGCCUGUCAAGCUACAUAUUGAGCGACAUAUGAGAGUGACAGCAGGGUGUUGUUAGCUGCUCGGUGAUAAUAAGAGAUAACCCGGGGCUGUCAGGCGCAGAUAAAACACACAAUAACGGUUAAAACUCGAGGAUGUAGCGGGGAGAGGCGCUACAACUGAUCACUAUGGAUACGGUUCGUUGACCUACCGACUUGGGGACUAACCAUGCAAGUGGACUUACUCAACAACAGACACCUGGCCUCCAUUUAUCACUGAUUUACUAACUAGGAAAAUACUUGUCUUUAUUUUUUUUGAGCUUGUAUUAACAGUUAAACUCGGACGAUGAGGCUUUUAAACCGCAUGUCAAGGUGCUCUCAUGGAGUAUCCAAAUUCAAGCUAACACAGCCGAGGAUGUUGUGGCUGGAUCACCGGCUAACUCUCUCAGCCGCCCCCCGGAGGAAGAGGCAGUUUACCGGGGUCAAGUCCUCAGCCCACCCGGCCUUCCCGCUCUGCUCCCCGGGGCUCUUCGUGUCCGUCCUGCCCUGCAGUCCCCUCAGAGGCCUCUCCAUUCUCAGUCCACAAGCACGGACAGUCACAAACACACAUGUUGCCUUUGCCAGCUCUUCGGCCGCCUCCACACCGACACCAGCCGGACAAGUGAAGACCCAGGCGGACACAGAGGGCGAACAGACCUCCACCACGGUCCCUCUGGAGGAUGUGAAAAGGAUUUUGAAACUAGCUCACCCGGAGAGAUGGAAACUGGCAGCUGCUCUUGGCUUCCUGACUGUAUCCAGUGGAGUUACCAUGUCAGCCCCAUUCCUCCUGGGUAAAGUGAUUGACACCAUUUAUACUGCUGGAGCAGACACAGAGACAAUGACCGCCUCCCUCACAUCAUUAUGUAUCAUGAUGACGGGGGUGUUCCUCUGUGGAGGGGCUGCCAACGCUGCCAGAGUCUACCUCAUGCAGACAUCAGGCCAACAGAUAGUUCGUAAUCUCCGUGCCUCCCUCUUCUCCUCCAUCCUCAGACAGGAAGUGGCUUUUUUUGACAGGAAUAGGACCGGAGAGCUUAUCAACCGCCUCUCUGCUGACACGGCCGUGGUGGGCCGCUCCAUCACCGACAACCUGUCCGACGGGCUGAGAGCCGUCGCCCAGGCCGCUGCUGGAGUCAGUAUGAUGUUUUAUGUCUCUCCCAGUCUUGCAAGUUUCGUGUUGCUGAUUGUUCCUCCUCUGGCUGGUCUUGCUGUGGUUUAUGGCAGACACCUUCGCUCCAUCUCCAAAAGCACACAGGACGCACUCGCACAAGCCACAGAGUUGGCAGAGGAGCGUAUCAGCAACAUGCGGACAGUCAGGGCUUUUGGCAAAGAGCUGUCUGAGGUCAACACAUACACAGAGAAGACAGACCAGGUCCUCAAGCUGGCCAGGAAGGAAGCUGUACUACGGGCUGGCUUCUUUGGAGUGACCGGGCUCAGUGGGAACAUCAUGAUCCUGUCAGUGCUCUACAAGGGAGGCCUGCUGAUGGCCAGCCAGCACAUGACUGUGGGGGAGCUGUCAGCCUUCCUCAUGUACACCUUCUGGGUGGGCAUCAGCAUUGCAGGUCUGAGUUCCUUCUACUCUGAGCUGAUGAAAGGAUUCGGAGCAGGAUCCAGACUGUGGGAGCUGCUGGACCGAAAACCAGAGUUUCCUCUUAAUGAGGGUCUCAUGCUCUCUGCAGACCAGCUGAAAGGGCGAUUGGAGUUCUCUGAGGUCUCCUUUGCCUACCCGACCCGCACUGAGGCCCCUAUCUUCCAGGACCUCAGCCUGCUGGUCCCCGCGGGCACCGUCAUGGCCGUGGUGGGACCCAGCGGCUCGGGGAAAUCCACCCUGGUGUCCCUGCUGCUCCGGCUGUACGACUGCAACUCUGGUACUAUAACAAUCGAUGGUCACGACAUCAGAGACCUGAAUCCCUAUUGGCUCAGGAGUCACAUUGGAACUGUCAGCCAGGAGCCCGUGCUGUUUUCCUACUCUAUAAGAGAUAAUAUAGCUUACGGUGCAGUGGAUCCAGAAGCUGUGACCACAGAGGAAAUCUACGGGGCAGCAAGAGCCGCCAACGCCUUCAACUUCAUCCAGGAUUUCCCCAACGGCUUCAACACUGUGGUGGGGGAGAAGGGGGUGCUGCUGUCAGGUGGUCAGAAGCAGAGGAUAGCCAUGCAGGGCUCCUGCUCAGGUCAGGUGUCAAGUCCCAGCUGCCCGAAGCCCAGCGAGGGUCUGCGGCUGGAACGAGUGGGUUUGGGCGAUGGGACAGCCGAGGUGUCAUUAGGACACAGUGGGCUCUAA